GUCUGAGGCUGGUUCGGAGCAGGGCCGGGGUUGCCUGACAUUUCUGGGACUGGAGCCAGCCAAGAAGAAAAAAAGACGAGUGUUUUACAAUUUGCUUUUGUCAAAGUGUGGAGAAAGUGGAAAGCGAAGCGACCUUUUUUUUUUUUUUUUUUUUUUUUUAGCAUCACAUUCCUGUGUCUUUCUUCAGCCUGGAAAAUAUAUUAGGGCUGGUGCUUUCCUCUCUGGAAACAAAAGAGCUAAACGGGACUGAGAAAGCAAGGAGUGGGAAGGUUUGGGAAGUUUCAAAGAGAGGGACUUGGAGCAACCAGAAGUUCCCUUUUCUUAAAUGAAAUCCCUGCCUGUGUGGAUAACCGGCACAGCAAAAAUCCAGACCUGCAGGUAAAUGGAGAAGCAGAGAUCACAAAGGAAAUUUCCGCUAACCUCAUCCCGCCUGUCAAGAAGGUGAAGAAGAAAGUUAAAAGACACACAACGGGCUCUGCGACCUGUUAGGCUGCUAAAAGAUAAAUCACUGAACAACAGUAAAGCUGUAUGGCACUGGUCUCCUUUUAAAGGAAAAAGACGUGAGAACUCGUCUCUGGCAGGGGAACUUCCCUGAGAGGACUGCACAAUGAACUGGAGGCCAGCUCUCAGCUUAGCCCUGCUGUGGGCAGCAUGGUUAGUGUGUGGCUCUGAGAAGACAGAGAGGCUAGUGGAGAGGGGGAGCCAUGGAGUUAGGAAAGUGCCCCUGGCUUACAGGGCUUCAAGCAGCCUCCUGAGAAGGUCUGGAGCAUCCCUGAGGAAUUCAAACCUGAAUCCUCAACACCCUGUCACCAAAAGGGAUUCUUCAGCACCUCCAAAGCCACCUGCCAAUCUCCUGCAAGGGGAAGCACGUUCCCAGGCCAGGGGCACAGGGACCAGAAUGAGACUGGUACAGAGACUCACAGCUGCAGCCAAAUACCCCAAGUCCGAGAUGAUUAAGGAUGAAGGGAUAUCCUCUGCCACCCAGUCACGAGGGGUACGUUUCCCUUCAGGGUCAAGUUCUCCCAGUAUCCUGGCCAGCUUUGCAGGGAAAAAUCGGGUGUGGGUCAUUUCUGCCCCCCAUGCCUCUGAGGGCUACUACCGGCUCAUGAUGAGCCUGCUGAAAAAUGAUGUUUACUGUGAAUUGGCUGAGAGGCACAUCCAGCAGAUUGUGUUGUUCCACGAAGAAGGGGAAGAAGGGGGAAAAGUAAGAAGGAUAACCAAUGAAGGAAAAAUCCUGGAACAGCCACUAGAUCCUGCCCUUAUCCCUAAGCUCAUGAGCUUUCUGAAACUGGAGAAAGGGAAAUUUGGCAUGGUACUGUUGAAGAAAACCCUGCAAGUGGAGGAACGGUAUCCUUAUCCAGUCAGGCUAGAGGCUAUGUACGAAGUCAUUGAUCAGAACCCCAUCAGAAAAAUUGAGAAGAUGAGGCAGAAGGGUUUCAUCCAGACAUGCAAAGCAGCUGGGGUAGAGGGGCAAGUGGUUGAGGAAGGCAAUAAUGGCGGCACCAUGCAGCCUACCCCUGGCAGUGAACAUGGCCAGGUGUCAGCAAGGAAGGAGGAUCCAAGGAGGAACAAUAAUCAGCCAACAAGGACCAAAACAGUGAGGAAACCAAUGACAACCACAGUGGCCACUCCUCUGCCUACAGUAAGGAGCACUACCCUCCCUUCCACCACCACGACUGCUCGUGCCACCACCCAUGCAGUGACAACAGCCAGCCGGUCUACAACAACAACUACAUCCCUCCCCAGCACACAGAGGACCUGGACCAUGAAGUCACAUUCCAACACAGAGUACCACAGGCUGCCAGUAGCCCCCAAUGCCACCACGCCACGAGUCACAGCCUCUGAGGACUUCUACUCUCCUGUGUGGAAAACAAACCGCAGGGACCGGCAGCACGGCCACCAAGAGAAACAAGUGGCAGCCACACGGAAACCAAACAAGGCUGCCCGCUAUGACGGUUUCACAGAACUCCCAACAGCUCCCUCAGUGCACUAUACAAAGGCAAAUGUGGGUAGAUUUAAAGAUAACAGAACUGACAGAAAGGACUUUAACCACAGGGACCUGAAUGUCACACCUGGGCAACACAAACCAACUAAGACUAAACCACCAAAAAAGAAGACCCAAGAAAAGAUACUCAGUAAUGAGUAUGAAGAUAAAUAUGACCCGAGCAAGCCUGCUAGUUCCCAUUUAGAGGAACAGUUUGCAGCGGGAAAUAUUCCCCCAAAGAAAGGAAAAGAAUCAAAGAAGCAUGACCGAAUGGAUAAACCUGAGAAGAAGAAGAAGAAGGACAGACCUGACAAGCAGCAGAAGAGUGAGAAGCAGUCCAAGAAGGUCAAAGCUGAAAAAAAGAGCAAGCAGGACAAAGACCGCAGUAAAAAGAAGAAGGGAAGCAGGACUGAGAAUAAGGAUUUUCCCAAGUCCAACAAGAAGACUUUCCUACAGCCUCCCAGGAAAUCAGCAACUAACCUCCUGGAAUAUUUCGAAGGCAAGAGGAGACUCAUUCUGAUCACAACCCCCAAGGUGGACAACACCAUGUACGUACAGCAGCGAGACGAGUAUCUGGAGAGCUUCUGCAAGAUGGCAACCAGGAAGAUCUCAGUCAUCACAAUUUUCGGCACCAUGAACAACAGCAGCAUGAAAAUUGACCACUUCCAGCUAGAUAAUGAAAAGCCCAUGAAAGUGAUAGAAGAUGAAGAUCUUGUGGACCAGCAGCUCAUCAGUGAGUUGAGGAAAGAGUAUGGGAUGACCUACGAUGAUUUCUUCAUGGUGCUGACAGACACUGACAUGAAGGUCAAGCAAUACUAUGAAGUACCCAUAGCAAUGAAGUCUGUGUUUGAUUUGAUUGACACCUUCCAAUCACGAAUUAAAGACAUGGAAAGACAGAAAAAAGAGGGCAUUGUCUGCAAAGAAGAUAAGAAGCAAUCCCUUGAGAGCUUCUUAUCCAGGUUCCGAUGGAGAAGGCGCCUGGUGGUGAUCUCUGCUCCCAGUGAUGAAGAUUGGGCUUAUUCCCAGCAGCUUGCUGCUCUCAGUGGACAAGCCUGCAAUUUUGGUCUGCGCCACAUAACUAUCCUCAAAUUGCUGGGAGUUGGAGAAGACGUUGGAGGUGUCUUAGAGUUGUAUCCAAUUAAUGGAAGCUCAACUGUAGACCGAGAAGACAUCCCGGCUAAUUUGGUGAAAGACAUUCGGAAUUAUUUCCAAAUUAGCCCGGAAUAUUUCUCCAUGCUUCUAGUGGGGAAAGAUGGCAACGUCAAAUCCUGGUAUCCUUCUCCCAUGUGGUCUAUGGCGAUUGUGUAUGACCUGAUUGAUUCCAUGCAGCUCCGGCGCCAGGAAAUGACAAUCCAGCAGUCGCUGGGCAUGCAGUGCCCUGAUGAUGAGUAUGGUGGGUAUGGCUACCACAGCUACCACCAGGGCUACCAGGAAGGCUACCAAGAUGACUACCGUCACCACGGAAGUUACCACCAUGGAUAUCCAUACUGAACAGAGUGACUUAGCCUCUGGCUGACCCCGUGUCUAUCUUCUAAUAGCUUUCAAGCAAUAGGUGGCCAGUUGCAGAAAAUCCUCCCAGGCCACCUAGAUAUCCAUGCCUCGUUCUUCUACUGUUCAAUCAAGGGACUUUGGUCAUUUGCCUUCUCAAAAAAUGCAGAAGCCUUUACAGUGAAGCAACUCAAACCAGUAGCAUUGAAGCUUUAAACAAUAAAGACUCCUUUAUAUUUUUAAACCUUUAUAAACAAAGGCCAUCAGCAGGUGCUGUUUGUAUUAAAACUAAACAAAAAAAAAUCCCACAGCCCCAGCCCAUGGGCACUACAGUAGGGUAGGAAACAAACUGUCCAACAAUGUGCUUUUUACUACUUUUUCUAAGGAGAAAAAAAAAAGUAUAUUUAUUGGAAAGUGAGAUUUCAUUAUGCUUAUAAAGAGAAACAAAGAACCACACUUUGGGUCUCUCCCAGAAAAGAAGAAUUUAAGAAAGAAGCAUGGGGCAUGCUCUUUAAUAAUAUCAACAACAGUAAUAAAAUCUUUUCAAAAAAACAUGUUUAAAAAGAGAGCAUCCCUUCUCCAGUGUAUUACCAUUGUAAUUAGCUGACUUUAUGAAUGAAAAUAAGAUUUAUGGCUAUGGCAGAACUUGUUCCAAUACAAUACAAUGUAAAGUUCUUAACUACAAAGCUUACUGCAUGGCUAUUUAUUCUUUCAGUUGGGGUCCCUGUUCUCUUAGGUCCUGCCCUCCUCACUGUUAAAUCCAAGUUAAUGAGAGCUAAGUGGAAACACCAGCCAGGGUUAGCACUGUCUGAAAUACAGAAAUUUGAAAAGCAUUAUUUUCAUCAGAAAAAGAAAUCUCAUUCAAGUAUAUUUUCAAUGAGUUGUAACGAGCUCUCUAUAAUAAUGCUUUUAAUUAAACUGUUACUCUAAAUUUCAAAUUUUCUUUUACCUCUUCUUCUCAUACUCUCACCUAUGAAUGAUCUGGAUUAAAUGUUUAUAAAAGUAUUUGAGAUUAAUCUGCUAAACCAUCUCUAUUUCUGCCACACUUUCAGAAAUGGUUUUUUUUCCUCCCUACUCAUUGAUGUCUUUGGACAUUGGAGCACCACCCUAUCCUACUGAAAACAGUGGCAGGAACUGCAUGCGUAGUCAUGGUUUCUAGACAUUUGGGUUAGAUUUCUAAACACUAAAGAUGCAGCAGAAAGAUGAUGGAAUAUCUUUAAGAGAAGAUAUCUUGUCAGCCUUUAUAAUGGCACAUUGGUCACUUAUGAUGUCGAAGAUGUGCCUGACCAGUCACAUGUCUUUUUAUAAUCCAUGAUGUGGGUGCACAUCACAUAUAGAUGCACACAAGAGGGCACUGGUACUCGCUAUUGUCAUCAGAGAAAAUAGCACAGGAGCAGGGAGAAGCUACAUCUCUAAGCUGGCCAGAGCAUGCUCUGCAUUUUGACUUCUGGCAACUUCCUGACUUUUCCCCAGAUGAAAACAAAACUGGCUAAAGCAACCAGUUCACUCAAAACCAGAUGCUUUUUUUAGAAAUUUAAGUCACAAAGAGUCAGGCAUUACUUGCCCUUCUGAAUGUCAGAAAGGCAGACAAAUGGUCACAAGGCCUUAGCUUUACAAACCUGGUCACUCUCUGAGGCAGGCUGCCCUCCCUAACACAAGGUCUAGUCAGUGCUGGGUACAGCUCCUGACUUAUCUUUCUCAGGUGACUGGAGCUAACUGGGGGAAGGCAUUUAACAGAUUGAUUUUGAGAGGACUGCUGCCUGCAGAGAGCUUCUGAGCUCUCAGUGACGACAGCACUUCCACAGCUGAAAGCAGUGGACAGAGAAAUUAAAAAAAAAAAAAAAAAUCAUAGGAUGGAAGGGUUUCUAGAAGAAAAUGGAAUGUCCUGUAGCUCACUUUUAGAAAACAAGAGUUCAUUGCAUCACUGUAUCAAGGUCAGCUGCCUAACUUUCCUCACCUAAAGCAAAAGCAGAGGAAAAUACACCAGGUGCCUAACAGGCACCUCCUGUAGACAGAAACACCCACUUGGAGCAUUUUCUUUCAGGUGCUUGUUUAAACUUUCCUUUAAUCUUGUUUUCACGUAAAGUCUUUAAAUGAAAGCCCUUUUAACUCACACUACAAAUCACAUUAAUUUAAUGUUCUGUGCUGCAAGGGUUAACUUACAUUAAAAAUAGCGCAGCACCUGAUCCAAAUGGCCUUUUUUUAUACCCCUGUCUGAAAUUCAAAUUGUGCAAGUACCAAACCCAGCCUAAGGCAUUCAGUGGGGGUUGCAUUAAAAAGACAACUCCAAACAAGUUGUCCACUUAUCAAGGGAGGUAGGGAUGGGCUCUUAACCCAAACUACACAUUCAAAUACUCACAGAAUUUGUAGAAGACUGCAUUAUUCUACAUUCUGUUGCCUAUUUCUGCCUUCACUACAGAAUGAUACUAAAUCACCAGAACCUUAUAGCAAUUAUUUAAAAUCCUGAUUUUGCAACCCACUUUUCCCUAUGGAAAACUAAAAGCAAAGCCAGAAGGAGCAGCAAGCCAAAAUAUAAUUUCAACGACAACAUGUAGUUAUCUUGCAGGCUAUAAGAUUCAGGAGUUACAUUUCUCCAAAUGAAGACUUCGUUUGGCAAAACAAAUCAAAUCCAGAUCACUGAUCUAUCCCUGCAGCAUAACUCCAAGGAUAGACUUACUGAGAUUAAGGUCCUAUUUCAACAUACCUUAGUGGGAAGAUUCUACAUGAUACAGAAAAUCUUUUUUCUUAUACAUAUUUAUGGCAUUUGAUUCAGCUCCAAGAGGGCUGUUUUCAUCCACAGUCUGUCUUUGAAGCUGCUACAUUCACAAAAUAGAUGAAAUUAACCAAAAUAAAUACUUCUUUAAUUGACUUGUUACCAGCAAGAGAAACACAAACACACCUCUCUUCCUGGGAUGUUUUUGUGAACUAUUUCCUCAAACCUGGAAGGAGGAACAUAACACCCUCAGCAGCAAUUAAGUUCAAACAUUUGUGAAUCUGGGCUCUAAAUCAAAGCUUAGCAUGAGCACUCUGCCCCAUGUAUUCAUUAAAGACUAUGUGCCAAACUAAUGCUGCUCUCCAAAAAAAUCCUCAUAAAUUUCCCUAUUGUAAUUUUGAGUGAAUGUAAGUUAAGCUUUCCAACAUGGAGUAGUUUCCAUAUAGUGGAAAUACUUAAUCAAGUGAGAUUUCACAUGAUCUGUCUGAAACAUGUAACUUCAUAGAAUUGCUCCCCCUUGCUCACCAGAGCUGCUCUCCAGCUGACAAUUGUUGAGUCACUUCCUCUAACAAAUCUCACCUAUACGCUGAAUUUUACCAUUUCCAUGGAUAGCACAGCUGCAAAUAUUUGCAUGUUAUGCUUUGGCUUACUAUUUACCCUAUGUUACUGUUAAGUGGAUGCAAAUCCUUACCCAUUUUAAGACAUCAGUUAACAUUCCUGUUGCUGCAAAGGGGAUAUACAGUUCUCCUUCAUUAUAAUAAGAAACCUGCCUGGCCAUCCAACAUAAUCUCUCUGAGACCUCCAACCUGAAGACAACAGAAAGGUUUCUACAUGAUAGAACCAAAUUCGCAGCAUGAGUAAAAACUUGUAUCAACAGUUAUGUAACCAAUACCUUUGUGCAAUUUAGACUUUGGCAAAUAAGUCAAGCAUGAUAGCACUGGAGAAAUAUACAGAAAGGAAAAUCAUUAAGCAGGACAAGAGUUGACAGCAAGAACUAAAUGCACUUUAUAAUAGCUGAAGAUCAGUCAUUUCCAUAUUUCCUAUCUCUUGAUGCAGAUAUUUCAGGCACAAUGGUCAAACAUGGUUUUUAAGAUAUUCAUCAUUGGUUUGAUGCUCUGUCUUUAGAAGUAAGAUUAUGCCUGAUUUCUAUGUUCUCUCUUGAUGCAAGGCAAAGGUCUUUGGAACUUCAUGUAAAAUGUUACUGCUCACAUAAAUGCAGAGCAAUCUAAAGCUAACACUACUUUCACUCUUUUUGAAAGUACCUGCUAAAGUUGGUAGCUGUGACUGAAAAAGACAACAAACCCAGGUAUAUAUUGCAAAGCUGUAUGCAAUAAAUAAAAAAUUGAAGUCUUAUUGCCACUAAGCCUUUAA